ACGUGAUAACAGUAAAAUAACUACACACAUUAUCUCUAUUUAUUUAUACGAUCUUAUAAACGUUUGCUUUAAACGUUAGCUCAGCUAGCCUGUAUAUCGCUACUGGUUUGCUACAUUUUAUAGCUUUGCUAACUAAAGCUACUGAAGGGUCAUUAGCUAGUAUAAGUCACCUAGAGGGUUAGCUAAUGUUAACACUAUAUGUAACCUAAGCCUGAAUUGUUGGUUGGAUGAUAGGUUAGCUAGUUAGUAGAAAUCACGGCGCUUUUGUUAAGCAACAACGGGACUUUCGAUUCAGUCUUGGUUUCUAACUUAGACGGCUAAGGCUAACAUUAAUUAGCUCACGCUGCUAGUAUUCAUUUAACUAGUUAUAGUUGUUAGAGGUCACAAUGCUAGCUAUCCCUAACUAAUGCUGCAUGUUUAACGAUUGUUGCUGAUAGCUACGUUAACAGUGCCCUUAAUUGCUAAUGAUAAAAAAUGAGCUACAUAACGCUAAACAGGUGAUACAGUUAACUGAUAAACAAACUCUCCUUGUAUGGUCCACGUGGCUAAACUAUUUCAUUUUAAGGCCGGCAUUUCACUGAAACAUUUUCUGCCCAAUAUGUUCAGGUGUAUGUCAGUUAGCAAUGAGAAAGCUCCAUCCAUCUGACCACACCUGAUCCCAGACAUGACGAGAGGAUGACUGAGAAUGGAGAGGACAGCCCCCUCCAUCAGUCCUGUGAGGCUCCUGGUAAAGGAGAUUCAGUUGUCAAUGACAGUAGGGCACUCAAGACCUCCUUAGUAGAUGCCAUACCCUGCAAGGAGCACAAUGAUCCCCUUAAACCCACUGCUAGAAACGCAGAGGGAGAGGUAAUUCCCUACCAGCCUCGGCCACCCUACCUACCAAGGCUGUCAAAGUCCAGCAGAAGUGGCUCAGUGGACGAGACUGUGAGAACCAGGAGGCUGAGAAACAGUCAGGAGAGUCUGAGUGACCCGGCUGAGACUGGCUCUUCCGCAGACUCGCUUAAAGAGGACCAAACAGUUCCAGCUCAAGGUGAGUUUGUUCUCAGUGGUGCUGCCACCAUCAGGAAUGACCAGGACUCCAACGUGAGACCCCUCUCUGCUGUUACAAGAGGAGCCCCAGUCUUCCGGGACGGAGGGAGCAGUCUCUCUGACUAUGAAAGGAGGCCCCCCAGCCAGCAGAGCGACCCAACAGACAACCAGGUGAGGCCCACCAAGAUGCGUCUGUCUCCGGUGCAACCCACAGGGCCGCUGCCUGUUCUGGAGAAGAGCUUUGCGUCAGCCACUUUAAGGGCGGCUAAUAGGAUUGACCGGGAUUGUUUGGAUUAUGCCAUGUUAGCCAGAGAGAAUCUUGAGGAGAGACUCCACAGGAACCUGAGCGACAGCCGGCUUCUGGAGAACAUGGGGUCGGAUAGUGCCUCUGUCAACUCCAUGAGGUCCACUUACAGCGUGCUUAGCCCCAUCAGACCCCAGGAUGUGAGGAACAGGAGCUUUCUGGAGGGCAGCUUGCUGGGAAGCGGUGCCCUGCUCGGGGCAGAGGAGCUGGACCGCUACUUCCCCAACAGGAGAGUGGGCAUCUACAUAGCCACUUGGAACAUGCAGGGAGAGAAGGGGCUGCCAGCCAACUUAGAUGAUCUCCUCCUUCCAACAGACUCUGAAUUUGCACAAGACUUUUAUAUUAUUGGGGUCCAGGAGGGCUGUCCUGACAGGAGGGAGUGGGAGACCCGUCUUCAGGAAACUCUGGGACCUUACUAUGUCAUGCUGUAUGCAGCAUCACAUGGUGUUUUGUAUCUCACCGUAUUUGUCAGACGAGACCUCAUCUGGUUCUGCUCAGAGGUGGAGCAUGCCACAGUCACAACCAGGAUAAUCUCACAGAUCAAGACCAAAGGGGCUGUGGGAAUUGCUUUUACCUUUUUUGGCACUUCCUUCCUCUUCAUCACAUCUCAUUUUACCUCUGGAGAUGCCAAGGUUUACGAGAGAAUACUAGAUUACAACAAGAUCGUCGAGGCUCUGGCUCUUCCAAAAGGCCUUCCAGACACCAACCCUUACCGCUCCACUCCAUCUGACGUCACCACAAGAUUCGAUCAGGUCUUCUGGUUUGGAGAUUUUAACUUUCGGCUGGGUAAGGCCCGGGUCGACGUGGAGACCAUCAUCAACCGCACAGUAGUAGGCUGUGAUAUGGGCUCUCUGUUGGAGCACGACCAGCUCUACAAGGAAAUGAAGGAUGGUUCAAUCUUUAAAGGCUUCCAAGAGGCACCAAUACACUUCUUCCCCACAUACAAAUUUGACAUCGGCUGUGAUAUCUACGACACUACUUCUAAACAGAGAACGCCUUCAUACACAGACAGGAUUGUGUUCAGGAACAGGCACGCUGAUGACAUAAAAGUGGUCAAGUACACCAGCUGCUCCGGCAUCAAGACCUCAGACCAUCGGCCCGUCAUCGGUGUCUUCCAGGUCAAACUCAGGCCAGGCAGAGACAAUAUUCCCCUGGGUGCGGGACAAUUUGACCGAGGCUUGUACUUGGAGGGCAUCAGGAGGAGGAUCACCAGGGAGCUGAAGAGGAGGGAGGCCAUGAAGAACCAAAGUAGCAGCACCAUCUGCACCAUCUCCUAAACUCUUAAAAUGAACUCUCCAGACCAGACUGGACUGGAUCAAACUGUGCCAGAAACUGGACUGUAAAACCAGGCGGGCAGAAAAGGACCAAAAAGGAAACCAGAGUUGUCUUAACUACAGAGAGCCAAGUGCUGGCUGUGGUAACUGAGCAGACGGCGCCCUCUGUUGGGCAUUGUUGGGAACGGUUUGUGUGUGUCCUGGUGAAACUGGUCAAGGGAAGUGGCUGGCUGUACUUGAGGGCAGGGACCUUCAGGUCAGACAGACAGAGAGAGGUUUGAAGACACAGCAGUCUAGUAUUUACUCAACCCCCUCUACUCAAACAUGACUGAGACACAGAGGGAAGAGGGGCCACUGUUGUGGCUUACAAUUCAGUCACAUGCUGAGUGUGAACUGAUCUAACCUUAAAGGCUCUGUGUGACUGCAUUCAUUUAGUCAUUUUUUUGGAGGUGUUUAAAAAGCAUCAUGAACCCCAAUGUUACGUUUUUAUGAAUGCUGCGUCAGUGUUCAAAAGCCUUGUGAGUUUGUUAUCAAACAGCUUACCAAGCUUAAUUGCGUUUUGGUGGCACAUAGGUGCACUUUUUAAAUGUCGUUUAGGUGUCAGUGAUUGGUCGAUUUUUAACUUGAAUUUAGUUCUAAGCUGAAUGUUUUGUUGGUGAGAUACAGUGACUGAAGAAGGGAGCUGUUCUGUCGUGAGGUUAAUAUAUAAUUUAAAGAGCAUGACAUGAUAAAGCUACAGUCAGGAGGUCGUUACUACUUGUUACAUGCUACUGUUGAAUUUCAGGGAGAUCAAAUGUAUUUGACAGCUUAUAUUUAAUUUUUUUUAAGGAACUCACCUACUAUAAAAUAGAUGGAGCAUUUUAUUUUUGUUAACGCCACUCACUUACUUUUCCUCUUAUUAGGCCAAGUGAUCCUUUGCAACAGACUGUAACUCAAUGCCUUACCUCUCAUCUUACUGCUUUGUAAACCUCAUAUAUUCUAUAAACUGUCCAUGUACUGUAUGUACCACAUUAAUGAGCUUGCAUUCCCAGCAUCAAGAGCAGUCUGCUCCAAAAGAAGUGCCUGUGGGUCUUGUUUCCAUUUCUUCAGGACCUAUAUCUUUAUACAUCUUUUUAUAUGUCACCUAACAUCCCGUAAUAAAUGCUUUAAAACA